GGGAAUAUCAUAAUCAUAACUCAAGACACAACGAAAAGCAAGAAGUCCGUCUUCGCCAAUCGCUGUUUAACAGGGAAUUGGGGUUUAACUCAGUUCAACCAAAUACUAUUAAUUUCGCUCGCCUGUUGCUAAACUGCUAAACCCUAAUUCCUCCUAAGUUUGACGGAUUCCAAAAUUGGAUCUCUCUCUGUUACAGCGAGUAAGCUCUAUUGAAAUUCUGAGAUCAAGCAACCCACUAGUAUUGUAUGUAUUGUUUUUGGUUCUGAAAUUUGGGCCAAGAAUCAGCGUUUCAGCUCUCCACUUAUCCUUUAAUUGGAUCUUAUUCACUUUGUUACUGUGUGUGAUUUCUAUGCUCAAAACUUCAAUUGAUUGAUUGGUCUUGUAGCAGUUGUCAAGUAAUUUCCUUAAAAUGUCUGUUAUUUCUUCUGCCUCCUUACUUAUCUAAAAGAGAAACAACCUUCUGCAUCUUCUGAAAAGCAGUGUGCUGAACAUUUAGUAACUUUUUACCUACUUUAUUUCGUUUGGUUCCACAUUCCUUCUGGAAGUAUCCAUGCAUGUCCACUCUAGCUUUAGAAAUUGAAAGUAUGAGUGUGAACCCACAUUCUGUAUUCUCUAUUAGGUUCACCCAAAAAGGUUGUAAUUUUGUUCUUUUGGCACAUUUUUUUUGGAUGCUUCAUAUUUUGGUUUUGUUAGAAGAGAGCUUAUGAAAAAUGAGGGCAUCAGGUGCUUUUCUUUGGACAAAUUAAAGAAAAGGUUGAUGAGCUCCUUUCUAGUUCCCGUGUUGUACUCUGACUGUUUCUAACCUAUUAAUACUUCCCAGGAUAUAAUGCUGUACUCACAUACUUGUUGCUAAUUAAUGGACCCUGAUAGCAAGAGAUUUGGAAGAGGGCCCGGAGAACUUACAGGUGCUGUGGAUCUUAUUAGUCACUUCAAAUUGUUGUCUCAUCACGAGUUCUUCUGCAAGAGGUCACUUCCGUUGUCUAUUUCAGAUACCCACUAUCUUCACAAUGUGGUGGGGGACACAGAAAUUAGGAAAGGGGAAGGGAUGCAGUUGGAUCAGCUUAUACAGGAUACUUCCUUGUCAAGAGAGACGAGUUCCUGCAUCCAGCCAUUUGACCUAGAUGCCCUUGGAGAAGCUUUUCAACUACGUGAAGCGGCUCCAGUGGAUCUGCCUCAUUCUGAGAAAGGCAUCCCUACUGUAGCUGGGAAAUCUAAAAGUGAGUUGAAAGACAAGGAGAAGAAACAUAAAAAGCACAAAGAUAAGGACAAGGAGAAGGACAAAGAGCAUAAGAAGCACAAACAUCGUCAUAGAGAUCGAAGUAAAGACAAGGAUAAAGACAAAAAGAGAGAUAAAAGUGUUCAUCAUGAUUCUGGUGCUGAUCAUUCGAAGAAACAUCACGAGAAGAAAAGGAAGCAUGAUGGAGAGGAGGAACUUAAUGACGUUCACAAACACAAGAGAAGCAAGCACAAGAGCUCAAAGAUUGAUGAGAUUGGUGCGAUAAAGAACUGUAGCUGUGAUAAGGAAAAAAGAGAUGGAAUCGGAUGGCAAUGUAUAAUUUGUUUACAGUUAUUGUAGAAAGGCUAAACAAGACACAAUUAGAAGAGUACUUCAGCAUAUGAUAUUAAACAAUGCGUCAAACAAAAGAUGCACUUAUGUUUUCAGACGUCCUGAAGGGACUCCAAAAAAUGCACAUUUCGGAUUAAGAAAAGCAGCUACCUGUUCAGUUGCUGGAAUUUUGUAUUUGAGGUGUUAUAGAAAGGUUAAAUAAGAUAGACUUUGGACAGUGCUUCGACAUGUGAAUGUUGAAUGGUUGGAUUUGAUAAAAGCAGCUUCGUGUUCA